CCACAGCCGGCCCCACCCAGGCGCAGCUCGGGAAGUUCUUUCUCCGCGGCGGCGGCUCCGGCGAGCGACUCUCUCCGUGCGCGAUGGAGAUCCCGCCGGACCACUACCCGGCCAACAGAGCCGCCAGCGUGGCGCUUCACUACAUCGCGUACACGCGCGGCAGCCUGUUCGAGAUGAAGGGAGUGAGCCAAGGCAGCCUGGAGGACAUUCCAGGUACUGGGCAUAAAUACCGUCUUAAGUUUGAAGUGAAAGAAAGUGAAAGCACUCGGAAUGGCAGUUCUGUGAACUGCACAGCUGAGAUUCUUUAUCACAAGGACACACGUAUUGCUCCUGAAGUACAUUAUACUAUGGAAGGAGAGUUUGAGACUCAUUCAAAGGAAGCAGACAGCACAUUCUACAACAGAAUUCAGAACCUGACAGACCCAUUAGAGACCCAAAAUAUACCAGAUGAUGUUGGAUACAUGCCAGCAGAAAUGAAGCCGAUUUUCAACUUAGCCAAGGUUGCCUCUGGAUAUAUAGUAUGGCAGAAUUCCACAGAAAACACCUGGUACAAUAUGAUUCAAAUUCAGAGUGUCAAACAAGUGAAAAGAAAUGACGACUAUCUUGAAUUUUCCUAUGUGGUUUUAUUCCAUGAGAUUGUCUCCCAGGAAAUUAUUCCUUGGCACAUGCAAGUUCUAUGGCAUCCACAGCAUGGCGUAAAAGUAACACAGAAUAGUCGCCAGUCAAAGUGAUUUUAACUAAUUCUUACAGGUUAUUAAACUAAUGAGAUGAAAACAACCACAUAUAGCUAGAAAAAAUACUAUUCGGAGGUUUUAGAAACCCUUCCAAUUCUGUAUAUGAUCCAAGAACCUAAGCAAAUGUCCUCUGACCUUGGUUUGGCAGCACUUACUUACUAGGCUGAAUACUUACGGUACAGGGGCCUCAAUGCUCUCUCUGAAUGCUACUUUAGGCUUCCCGGUCACACAAGGACAACCGUAUUCUCUUUCCAUUCGCUAAAGACAAAGAACACAAAGGUUUUAUUGAUUUAAAUGUGUUGCCAAAUAGAUAUAUAUUGGCUAAGCAGCCUAACUUAAUGACAUUAAGCAAUAGAAUUCCAACAGUGCUGUCACUGGAAGAAAUUCAAGCUAAAAUUGGGGAGGAAGAAGGUACUUGGUUUUUUCCCCACGCAGAAUAUCUUAUACAUGUAAGAGAUGCAACCUUGCCUCCUAAUAUGCAGUAGAAUUUUUUCUUUAGUAAAAAUGCAUUGGUCCAAAUCCUCUAACUGUAAAAAUGGAAACCUGAGUUUCAGCUAUUAUGAUACAAAAAACUGCUAGCAGGGAAUGUUCAUCAAUACUGCAUGAUUUAUUCGGUGAGAUAUGGAACUAGUAAUUGUACUGGAUUCCCUCAGGCCAGAUUAAAGGAAUGCUUUUUUCAAGUGACAGCAAAACAGCAUAAUUCCCAGCUUAAACUUCAACAAUCACCUGAGCAUAGAUUUCCAGGUGUAGUUCUCCCAUUCCUGAAACAACUGUCUCUUUGCUCUCAGUGUCAAAAUGGACUUGGAAAGUGGGAUCUUCUCUUACAAAACGGUUGAUGCCUUUUGCAAACUUGUCAUCAUUCUAAAGGGAGAAAGAAUAUUAUUUACUCAAUUUACAGGGUUACCUCAUCAAAAUGACUCAAAGUACUAUACAAUGGGUUAAAAACAUGAUGAAAAAAGUCCCAGGACCAAAAUGCACUAACAACAGUGCAACAAAAGUCAAGUAGCAACCAUUCAGGUGGUUCACAAAUUGCCCUGCUGAAAAAAGCCACACUGUUAAUACUAUUCUGAAGGGCAGCAGGGUCAAGGCCAAACAGAAUUCAUGGGGAAAGCUGUUCCAAAAGUUAGGAGCGGCAGUAGAGAAGGCAUACCGGAGGGGUUUCAUGACAUGACAUUGGGUCAGCUGUUUGAGGUAGACAGUAAAUAGGCAUGGCAGGGAUUAUGGGAAUGCUCUUUAUUGUAGUAAUGUAGAAUAACAGAAUGUUGAAAGCCUGUCCAAGUUUUUCUCUGUCCCAUCUUAUACUAAACAAAAUCAAGCUGGAA